AUGGAUAUUCGGUUUAUGCUACAAUUCCUUGCUGAUUUCCCAUCUUUGGGUGUUGGGCAACUUCUUCCGAGCUCCAUUCUGUAUAGUUUCACCCAGUCGGCGACUUACGGUGUGCUCAACCCAGGAACACUGCUAGUCACUAAGACAUCUCGCAUGCUGAUCACCCAUGGCAAUGAUGUCGAUGGGACUGGGACUACAUCAGUAGUGCGUGGAGGCCAUUGCAAAUCUUACUGCAUCAAGGCUUAG